AUGGAUGCGCCACACAGAACCACAGGAACACUAGAGAGCAAAGAAUUUGAUAUUGCCGAAGGAGAAAGCUCUUCAAGCUCACCUCCACUGAGUGGGGGCCCAUCAAUCUCCCACGUCGAAGCUGCCUGGCGUCCGCAUGCCGAACAUGAUCCGUCUAUCGACGAUGGGUUCGCCGAGGAGCAGUGCGAGGAGGAUUACAAGCACCAGUCCAACCUCUGGUGGAGCAGGAUGCGACAUCACGUUCGGGACCCAGCUGCGGAGUUUCUGGGAACGUUCACCAUGAUCGUCUUUGGUGAUGGAUCUGUGGCGCAGGUUGUGCUGAGCCAGAAUCCAAAUCUUCCUCUCUCGGCACAAAACAAGGGAGAGUAUCAAUCAAUUUCUUGGGGCUGGGGUUUGGGGGUUAUGCUGGGCAUCUACGUUGCUGGCUGUUCUGGCGGUCACCUCAACCCUGCCAUAACUUUCGUCAACUGUGUGUUUCGUGGCUUUCCAUGGAGAAAACUGCCAGCAUAUGCAUUUGCACAGGUGGCUGGCUGCUUCUGUGGUGCGGCUGUCAUCUACGGGAACUACAAAUCUGCUAUCGAUCAGUACGAGGGUGGCACCAACAUCAGAACAGUACCAGGAUAUUCAGACACCGCAACCGCUGGAGUCUUUUGCACCUACCCCCAACCCUUUCUCACCACGACAGGAAUGUUCUUCUCAGAGUUCAUUGCAAGCGCCAUGCUGGUCCUGGUGAUCUUCGCCCUGAAGGACGACGCCAAUCUAGGUGCUGGAAAUCUCGUCCCUUUGGGUCUCUUCUUCUUGGUCUUUGGCCUUGGUGCUACCCUCGGCUGGGAGACAGGUUAUGCUAUCAAUCUUGCGCGAGAUUUCGGACCACGUUUAUUUACUUAUUUUGUUGGCUAUGGACACGAGGUAUGGUCGGCUGGAAAUUAUUACUUCUGGAUACCCAUGGUUGCACCGUUUUUGGGAUGUACUUUUGGUGGGUUCCUGUACGAUACUUUGAUUUAUACUGGCCACAGUCCAAUCAACACUCCAUGGAUGGGAUGGAAAAGAAUCAUUCGGCCGGGCAGGAAGAAGAUUCGAAAGCCCUCGAAGAGGCAAUCGGACACCAACAAUCAGGUUGGGAUGGUUUCACAGAAGGUAUGA